AUGGAGACGAAUAAACCUAAAGCCUCUGCCUCCCUCUUCCUUCUGAUGAUGUUGUCAAUAAGCUCUUGUUCGGCCUUCAACAUCACCAAGAUUCUCGAAAACGAAGACGAUUUCAGCACCUUCAACCAACACCUCUCCGAGACCAAACUCGCCGACCAGAUCAACAAGCGGAGCACCAUCACCGUCCUCGCCGUCGACAACAGCGCAAUGGGCGGCUUAGGUGAUGACAGCUCCGUCACGAAGGCGAUCAUGAGCGUUCACGUCAUCCUCGAUUACUACGACAAGGAGAAGCUAACCAAGCUGGCCAAGAACAACAAGAGCGCCACGCUGACGACGCUGUACCAGACCUCCGGGCUAGCUAAGAACCAACAGGGCUUCGUCCGAAUCUCAACCGACGACGACGGCAUUACUUUUGGGUCGGCAAGCAAGGAUUCAGAAAUGAACUCCAAGCUGGUAAAGUCCGUGGCAGCUCAGCCCUACAACAUUUCCGUGCUUCAGGUCAGUUCCAUCAUUGGAGUUCCCGACAUUAAUGCUAACCCUUCCCCACAAACGGCUCCCCCGCCAAGGAAGCAUGGGAAGGAGAAGAGUCCGUCCUCCUCUUCCGACGACGCUGCAGACGGUCCCUCCGACGAUACGGCUGGCAGUCCAGACGACAGCACUGCUGAUAGUCCCGACGACUCGGACUCGGACGAAGAGAAGGCUCCAAGUCCAGCCAAGCACAACACACCACCUAAGCCUAAAGAAGUUGAUUCAGAUUCGCCAUCGACAAGUCCAGCGCCUGCGCCCGGUAAGAGUGAUGCACGCGCUACCGCUGCGGAGAUGGGUGUUGGGUUCGUUGCGAUGGGGUUAGUUUCGAUUUUAAUGGCCUUCUUUUGA